CUUCACCCCCUUCAUCACGCCUCCUUUUCCCGUUGCCACGCCCCUUUUGCCCCUUGGUCACGCCCCCUCGAAGUCGCCGCUCCCGUUCAUCGCUUAGCCCCGCCUUCUCAACUCCAAGCCACUCCCCCUCCUCCUCUUGGCCACGCCCCCGUCCUCCUUUGGCCGCUGUCUCUCCUCGACGCCCCGCCCCCCUGAACCCCUUGGCCCCGCCCACUCGGGGAUUCUCUCCAGCCCUUGGCCACGCCCCCCUCCAUCCCCGCCCUCCCAUUGGUUUAAACCCGGCCACGUGACCCGGCGCGGCGCCCACGUGACCCGCGGCCAUGUCGCGGUCGGCGCGCUCGGUGAAGGCGCUGCCGGGGGUCCGGCCCGGGCCGGGGGCGGCCCCGAGACCCCUCCGGAUGAUCAUCCCCGCGGGGGGGGCGGCGCCGGGGCCGCCGCUGGGGCCCGUCCUGGGGCAGCGCGGGGUCCCGAUCGGCGCCUUCUGCCAGGACUUCAACGAGCGCACCCGCGACAUCAAACCGGGGGUCCCGCUGAGGGUCCGGCUGCUCGUGCAC